AUGUCUGAACGCUCAAACGUCUCCGGAGACCUCAUCUGGGAGGUUGUCCGAAACAACAAUGCGUUCCUGGUUAAGAGGAAAUCCGCUGGUGGUGUCCAAUUCUCCCGAGAUCCCUUCAACCUCGCCAGCAAGCACUCGAGAAAACAUGCCGGCUUCGUGAACGACAAGGCUGUGUCCGUCCAGCCCAACGAGAAGGGCGGAGUCACGUUGGUGACCAAGAAGUCCGGGUCCGCAAACAAGCCUGCGUCGCACUACAACACCCACGCGUAUGGCAAGACCACCUCCAGCCGGAAGAUUUACAAGAAUGUGGCGGAUGCAGUUGGCAAGAGAUCAUAUCGUAGCGACUUGAACAAAGACGCUGUUGCCCGUGCCAGUGCCAUCAGAGACUCCCAGCGACCGAAGAAGGAUCUUCCGGCGAAGAAGCCUCGUGGGCUCAAGGCGAGAAAGACAGAGGCAUAA